AUGCAUUCAAACUCUGCAGAACGUGUCCGUCUUCACAGGCAGAGAAUUAAAGUUAAACGAGUUCUUUCGAAAAUAUUCGACAAGGAAUUUAAACGAAAGAAAAAUCAAUCACAAGCCAAAUGGCGUCAGAAGAAGAAACAAGAGCAACAACAACUACGAGUAAUACCACCACCUCCAUCAGCAAUAACAAACAAAACAAUGUUACGGAAAAAAGAAGGUCAACAACGAAGACAUAUAAAUACUUUAAAAUUGAAAAAUGAAAAUGAAAGUUUACGUCGAACUGUCCGUCAAUUGACACUUGAGAAUGAAAAGUUGAAAGCUCAGUGUCCUCAAACACCACCUCGUCUAUCUCCAGCCAAAUUACUACUUAAAAAUGUCAGUCCUUCGGCAACAAUUCGUACAGUCAUGCGUCUAAAAGAUCAAAAAGAUAAUUUAUCUCGUGGUUCAAAUUCACAAUUUAGAAAACAGUUAGGAAUUAAUUUAUCAGUUCAAAAUCAAUCGAAAAAUAUCGGACCAUCAAAAUUAGAAUCGGACAUCGAGCAGUUUUUUUGUCAAGAUAAUGUGUCGAAAUUGUGUCCAGACAAAAAAAAAGUAAUUAAUGGGGGUCAAGUACGUCAUCGUCUGAAUCAUUUGUAUACACUUCAUCAAUGGUUUGAAAAUGAAACCAAGAUUGAUAUUGAUUAUUCAACUUUUACACGUCACAUUCCACCUUACAUCCAGAAACCUUCACACGACAGCUGGGGAACGUGCUUAUGUGUGACAUGUUUAAAUCAUCAAAUGAAAUAUGAAAAAUUGAAACAAAUGGGACACAAAAAUUCAACAGUUAAAUCAAUUAUGAAUGGAACUCCAGUUGAUCUAUCGGAAAUAAUUAAGAAUGAUGAUGAAAUAGGACAAUUUAAAAAUAAUUUGUCAUUAUUAGGUGCAUAUUAUUUUGAGCAUCAUGUUUCUCUUUUAACCGGUUACGUUUGGUUAAAAAAUAAUUCAUUCAGCUUCGAUUGCAUCAGCGAUGAUACAAAUCAUAUGGCCGAAGCAACCUGGACAGCGAUAUCUGAUUUAUUGCAAGAUCUAAUUCAAAAUCAUGAUGUUACAACACUUAACUUUAUCUCAGAUAGUCCAGUUUCUCAAUACAGAAACAAGACAACAAUUUAUUUCAUGACUAAAUAUGCUCAAAAAGAAGAAAUUGAUAUUAAAUGGGUAUACCUGGAAUCGGGACACGGUAAGGGAGUUGCAGAUGCUGUAGGAGCAGCUCUUAAGCGUCAAUUUGAUGAAGCAAUAUCUUUCGAUCCUGAUCAUGCCUUUGAUAAUACUCAAGACUUAAUGAACGCAGUUCAAAACAACACUGAUAUUAAACUUUAUAUUUAUGACAAGAAAGAUAUUCAAAAACUGAAAGAUACAAUUCCAGCUUUAUCGACAAUCAAAGGAACGGCAAAAUUUCAUGAAGUUUUAGCAAAAAAAGAUGGGACUCUUUAUGCUAAAAAUGUAUCGAAUGAAAAAGAAAAACAAUUGAACGUCAAAUUUCAUAAUUAA